AUGGCUUUGCUGUGGCUGCUCGUCCUGCUGGCCCUGGCCGGGCCCGUGGGGGGCACCUGGGACACCUGCAGGGGCACCUGCGGGCUCCGGCCCUUGGAUUUUGACCACAGCUCCGUGUCUGCCAACUACGACCACUCUGAUGGUGACUAUGCAGCCUUGGGGGCCUGGCCUGGCAUCGUCAGUGUCCAGGCCACCCUGGAGAAUGGCACGUGGCACAUGUGCUCGGGGGCGCUCAUCAGCCCCCAGUGGGUGCUCACGGUGGCCCAGUGCUUCUUCAGGUCUGGGGACAUCUCCAUUUACAAAGUGGUGAUGGGGACCACCGAUGUGGCCCAGCCGGGCCCCGAGGCUGCAGUGAGACGCAUCCAGAGGCUCCUGAAGCACCAGAACUAUGUGGCUGCCACAGUCAUGAACAACAUCGCCCUGCUGGAGCUGGACCAGCCCGUGGAGUGCAGCGACUACAUCCAGCUGGGCUGCGUGCCCGACAGCUCCCUGGCAGUGUCCGAGCUGAAAACCUGCUACAUCGCGGGCUGGAGGAGUGCCCGCAGCCCCAGCCCACGCCUGGUGCUGCAGGAGGCCAAGGUGCGGCUCAUCGACGUCCAGCUGUGCAACAGCAGCCGCUGGUACGGGGGGGCCGUGCACCCCCAGGACCUGUGUGCGGGGUACCCGCGGGGCGGCAUCGACACCUGCCAGGGGGACAUCGGGGGUCCCCUGGUGUGCAAGGACCGCGUUGGUGACUACUUCUGGCUGGUGGGCCUGGCCAGCUGGGGCAAGGGCUGCGUCGGAGAGAAACGCCCCGGAGUGUUCGCCUCCACCCAGCACUUCCGAGGAUGGAUCCAAGUCCAGAUGGGAAUGGUCCCAUCAGAACCCAGCCCCACACCUACAGAGCAACCCCUGACCCCAGCCCCAACCACACCAAAGCCGAAAUCGGAGGACUUCAUAAGAGUUUCAUUCCCAAAAUCCAUCCUGCUGAAAUUCUUCGGGAGUCUGCAGAAGUUCCUGGAGUUCCUAAGGGACAAAUUGCGUUGA